AUGUUUCGUGGGGUGAACCAGUUAAUGCGGAUAGCAAAUAACCGUCAGACUCAGCGGAAAACAGAGCUAUGGUUUCAUGUCCAGAAGUCACAGUGGCGAUAUUUAGCAAGUGCUGCAGCAGCUCAUGCAAAGGAAGAGAAAAACUUACAAGAUAAACAGAAAAGUGCUGACAAAGUUGACUCUAAAUCUUUUGGACUCAAUUUGUUUCGUGGACAGAUCUCAGCGGAUCAGGUUUUUCCAUAUCCUGAAGUUUUGUCCACUGAGCAAAAACAAGAGCUUCAAGAGUUAGUGGACCCAUGUGCUAGAUUUUUUGAGGAACAAAAUGAUGCAGCUAAAAAUGAUAGCUUGGAAAAAGUUGAAGAUUCAACCAUGCAAGGCCUUCGAGAAAUGGGAGCAUUUGGUCUGCAGGUGCCCCAGGAAUAUGGUGGCCUUGGACUUACAAACACCCAGUAUGCCAGAUUGGUAGAAAUAGUAGGUGCCCAUGAUCUUGGAGUUGGUAUCACAUUAGGAGCUCAUCAGUCUAUUGGUUUUAAAGGAAUUCUUUUAUUUGGCAACAAGGAGCAGAAGGAAAAAUAUCUCCCAAACCUAGCUUCUGGAAAAAACAUAGCGGCUUUUUGUUUGACAGAACCAGCUAGUGGAUCAGAUGCUAGUUCUAUCAGAACAAGAGCUGUUCUAUCAGAUGAUGGUAAACACUAUGUCCUCAAUGGCAGCAAAAUCUGGAUUAGCAAUGGUGGGCUAGCAGAAAUCUUCACAGUUUUUGCACAGUGUCAAGUGAAAGAUCCAAAGACAGGAGAAUCAAAAGACAAAGUAACUGCAUUCAUUGUGGAGAGGAGUUUUGGAGGUGUCACAAGUGGACCCCCAGAGAAGAAGAUGGGCAUCAAAGCCUCAAAUACGGCAGAGGUGUAUUUUGAAAAUGUCAGAGUACCAGUAGAAAAUGUGCUUGGAGGUGUAGGGGAUGGUUUCAAAGUGGCAAUGAACAUUCUGAACAAUGGAAGAUUUGGAAUGGCAGCAGCUCUAGCUGGAACCAUGAGAUCUUGCAUCAGCAAAGCAGCAGAGCAUGCUGCAAAUAGAACACAGUUUGGGAGAAAAAUUGAGACAUACGGAGCCAUUCAGGAGAAGAUUGCUAGGAUGACAAUACUGCAUUAUGUUACAGAG